AUGGGUCGGCGCAAGAUUGAGAUGAAAAUGGUGACAGAUAGCGGUACCAGGCAAGUCACGUUCUCAAAGCGUAGGAACGGUCUUUUCAAGAAAGCUAAUGAGCUCUCCACCCUAUGUGCUGCCCAAGUCGCUAUACUUGUUUUCUCUCCAGGGGGCAAGCCCUACUCCUUUGGUCAUCCGAACGUGGAGUCCAUUAUUCAUCGAUUUCUGAAUUCGAGAAAAUCAAAUGAGGAGUAUUUUGAUCAGAGAGCAAAUUCCAAUCUUGAAGCGAUAGGGCAAAGUAAUCCCAAUAGCAACACAGACAAGGUCAUCAAUCUCUUGAAGAAAUUUCACGCUCAGAGGAAGCGUGGGAAAACCCUCGUAAAGAUGAUGAGAAUGAAAUUGCAGAAGGGGAAAGCAAUUGUGAGUCAAAAGUUUGGUAAGUCAAAGAGGUCGCUGGAGGUGCUUAGAGAUAAGUUGAAAAAUCGAAUUAACGAGAUUGAGGCAUCAAGUUCUCUAUUGCUCUUGGCAGAAGGUCUCAAUGAGAAAAUAAAUGACUAA